GAAUUCUCAUUUUUCAUCGUCUCUCUUCUCUUUACAUUCAUAAUCAGUCAGUCUUUUUUUCCAUUCAUAAUUCAACUGUGAUAUUUGUUUCUGUAACAUAUCUAUUAGGAGUUGGUUCUUCAUUCAACAAUGGGAAGGCCCUUUAUACUUCACUACGAUGAUAAUCAUUGCAUCCAUUGUCGUAUCUGCAGAACUCAAGUUGGAUUCAUGAGGGAUCACCUUUGUACUAGUAUGGGCUAUGAAGUAUACAUCUUUGAUAAUGUGUUUAAUGUUGAAGUACCAGAGGACAAGCGAUAUCAAAAAGUAUUAAGAGAUGGCAGAACCAUGAACGACACUUACUGUGUUAAAUGUGGAAACCUCAUAGGGUGGAAAGUUAUUGCAGUCGACAAACCUUGGAUUAUUAUUAGAGAAGGAGUAUUCCUUAUGGACUUACACAACGUUGAUCUUACAAUUCAAGGAGGGAUUAAUGAACAGGCUGCUAAUGUGCAAGGAGGAGAUGCUAAUGAACAAGGAGGCGUAAAUGAGCAAAAUGAUGAACAAGAAGGAGCCGCUAAUGAACAAGGAGGCGCAAAUGAGCAAAAUGAUGAACAAGAAGGAGACGCUAAUGAACAAGGAGGCGAAAAUGAGCAAAACCAUGAACAAGAAGGAGACGCUAAUGAAGAUGUAGAUCUGCUGGCUGAAGGAAUGGCUAAUGUAUGAUCUAAAUCCAAACAUAUGAAUUAACCAAGUAAGAUAAUGAAAACGUUGACAAGUACAGCCAACUGAAAAGGCUGAUCAAAAUGCAGAACCAGCUAGCUAGAGUUUAAGCAUUUGACAAUGAUGUCUGGAAUAGAUGAAAAUGGGACUCUGUUGUGAAGAGUAAGUCCAUUCAAAUUACUUGUAUGCAAUUAGUCUUCUCUCUGCAUAACAAUUGAAUUCUAUUAGAUCUUACAUUUCGUCUCUAUUACUCAAAUUCUCAUUAAUUUCAAGAAUUUUCUUAAUUUCACAGUAUACAAUUUAAAUUCAGAAGAAUUGCAAUAGGAUGAAUCAAUUAAGAAAAAUUAAUCAACAGCUAAAAGACGAACCAAUGUCAUCACUAGAAACUGAUAUCUAUUCAUUGAUACUGUAAUGAGAAAUUACAAGAUCUAAGCCAUAAGAACAGCACUACAGAUAUCCAACACAGACAUACGCAAUUGUAAACUAAAUCCCUACAUUUACCACCAUAUCACCAACAUAAACCCCCAAUUUAACCGCCAAAUCCAUAGAGAGUCCUUCCCUGUCUCUUAAGAGCAUAGACGACAUCCAUAGCAGUUACAGUCUUCCUCCUGGCGUGCUCAGUGUAGGUGACAGAGUCACGAAUCACAUUCUCCAAAAAGAUCUUCAACACACCACGGGUCUCCUCAUAGAUGAGACCAGAGAUACGCUUCACACCACCCCUACGAGCAAGCCUGCGAAUAGCUGGCUUAGUGAUACCCUGUAUAUUGUCUCUUAGAACCUUCCUAUGCCUCUUGGCUCCCCCCUUUCCCAAUCCCUUGCCUCCCUUUCCACGACCAGACAUUUUUCA